CAAACUGUCUUCCUCUUUCUCUUUCUCCCUCUAAUGGCUGCCUCCAGGAAGGUAAUGCACAUACGCCUGGCUUCUAACACAGGGUGAUGACUGAGUGGAGUUCAUUGCUUUCUGGAUUCCAGUGCUAACCAUAAAGGAGUAAUUAUAGAGUUAAGAUACAUUUGAAGUACCAGCUUCUCGUCAUUGUUUAACCUCCCUUCCAAGACCACCUGAUCAGCAACAUGGCUUUUCUUGGGAACACCUCAAAACUCUUUUUGGUGCUCAUUUCACUGAUGCUUAUGCUGCCUGUGGUUGAAGCCCUGGAUGCUGGAGAUGCAAUUGCUCUCUUGCUAGGCAUAGUUCUCACUAUCAUUGGAUUCUGUGCCUGUCUAGGCUUAUAUGCAAGGAAAAGAAAUGGACAGCUAUGACUUUUUAAAGAGAUGACUUGGUCAAGCAUAAUCUUAAACUCUACUUGUUACGAGUUUAAAACUGAGCCUCAGUUCCUGGCAACUUUCAAAACCAUGGAGCACGAUCCUGCAAACCCUUCUUGCAUUGCCAUCCUUGCUAAUAAAAAUUAUUACUGGUAGAAAGAGUUUACAGGAUCUGUCUUCAUGACAGUAAGAAGAUGAUUAUUUCAUAUUCCUUGGGAUGAGGGGUUGCAUUAAAGUAAAGAUGGAAACAAGCUAUUUGAAGAAGAAAAAAUUGCCCAGAUUCAUUCACAGUGAAAGUUCAUAUACUGAAUAUAACAUUUCUACAAUUUGAUUUCAGGGGUUAGUCAGCAGGAAAGCAGCCAUAAACCUUCUCGUCAGGAUAAUAAAGAUUUGGAAAUAUUGACGCACUCUUAAUAUGAUAACUAAAGAACAGCCUACUUAGACUUCUGUUUGAGUGCAGAUGUUCUUUCUAAUUAGAGUUAAUCCCCCCGCAACAGCUCACUUCUGCUGUAGUCAGGCUGAGACAUGGGCGAAAUAGAGAAAUGUGCAAAACCUUUUCUUCUGUAUUUUUAUCUUAUAAUAUGCCACUUCUGUAGCUUGGAUUCCUGUUUCAAAUUAGAAUCAAAUUUAAUCAAUAGCUGUGCUUAAGGAUUAGACCAUGAUUUUUCUUUAAAAUGUGUAUGAUACAUAGGAGAGUAUAUGUAAUAUAUUGACCACUCAAACAAGGAAAAGAUUUCUGAAGAAAAGAUUGAAAUGACCAAAUGUUUUGUGCACAUAUCUGUUGUUUCAUAUACAUUUAUGUUUAGUUUUCUUUGAGGUGCUCACAUUUUGGGGAUUGUUUGUUUUGCAACAAUGAAGACUUACUUAUUUUGUUCAGUGACUGUUUUUUAAUUCUGAGCAAUAGGGUUAUUAGAAUCAGAUGCUUAUGUAACUUUUCCCCAGGUGAUCAAUAAACUCAGUACGCUCUUUGACGAAGUCUAAAUGCAAGUGAACAAGCCCCCUGUACGUUCUUGAACAUGAACUGCUCAACACUUGCGUUUAUGCCCCUUUUCGCUACUCGCUAAGGCCUAAAUUCUAAAGGGAGCUGAAGCUUGUGCCAAAACACAAAACUAAACCUGUGGUUAGAAUCCUACUACAAAGCUGGAAAGUGUUUCUGUGAGCUUCACCACAUGCUCAGCCAGCUCCUCUGGCAUGUUUUGACUUUGAUAUGCUUUGUACUGCUUGGCUGGAGGGAUCUGCUGAGAGAGCAACAUAGUUGGCCCUGCCAGGCUGAUUAUGGUGAGGGUAGGACCUCUUAUGCCACACCCACCCUCUGCUGCCACCAAAAGGGACAUCCUUAUAGUACACUGAUUGCAGUUGUGGUUUUGGCCCCACAUGUCUAUUAGGGCAGCCAAAUGCCAGCUGCUAACUUGACAAAGGGGGUGUAGGCCUGCACAGAGCAACAGCAGAAUGAGGAGUGGAGAGGUGAGCUUUACACCAUCUGCAACCUCUUCGUAAACAUGCAGUGUGUGUCCCUCUUCUAAGGAAACCCAACAAGGGAGGACAAAACAUAAUUGUUAAAGCCAAGGACUUGUCAACUUUACUAUUCUUCCCUUCUACCAAGGCUUCCAGGUACUACACAAGGCUGACAUCACAGGAACAAAUACAGCUGGCCCCAUUAACGUCUGACUCUAUGGAGAGAUCCCCUUUGAUUCCAUGAUUCCCCAGCUCAAGUGCUGUACAGCAACGCAGCUCAUAAGGUUGUUCUAUUGACAUGCAGGCGUUUCUCAAGCUUCCCUAAUGUCAAUCCCCCAGCCCGUUUCUACAAGUCUGCUUCUGCACACGACAGAGGUAACAAUGAAAUUUGCAUUUUAAGAUCUAGCGGCCCAAGAGAGAGGAACAAAGUGCUUAAGACAGCUGCCACCCUCCUGGACUUGCAGUGCAGGGCCACUGCCUAGCAGUGAUGGAUGUCCUGGACGUGGCCAGGCAGUAGAGCGGAUGCUACCACUUCAAAAGAGCAAAUUUUAUUGCAGCUAGCUUUUCCCAAACACUCCAUCAUCACUUUAGCAGAAAAUCUCUGAUAGCUGGUUCUUACAUAGGAGUUUCACACAAUUAUGCCAUAGCUUUUCCCUGUAGAGCGGCACAACCAUCACACCAUUCGUGUGAUGCUAUGGGAUACCUGGAGUUUUAUUCUUUUGCCUGUAGCUGCAUGUUCCUAACUAAAGGACAUUCACUAUGCAUAAUGGUAUAUUUACUGGGUUAUAAUGGAAAUUAUUUAUUGUAUUGCUCGAGAAUUACAUUUGUUAAUGGUUUGACUAAGAGCACAUGUCAUGGCCGAUCUUCCUGUUUUUCCUCAAUUUUUAAUAAACUCUUUCAAAUAGA